GAUCGCCCAGAAGUGCAGCUUCCGGCGCAGCCGCAACUGCUGGCCCUAGUCCAGCAGCUGGCAUUGCUGGUCCUUCGACACGAUCGAGGAUUGGUGAAUGCAACACAGACAUGGCAAGAGCAGCGCAAGACAACGACAGUGCCCCUGAUGACACUGCGUCAGCACCUGACGCAAUGCCUGUUCCAGGACUUGAUGGUGAAGGUGCUGAAGAUCUCCGAAGCCAAACCUGGAGACCCACUAUUCCAAACCUCUGUGCAGAGUCAGGUGAUCGACAGCGAGGGGAACUGGCCUUUUCUGGAAUGGAAUGCAGCCACCAAAACCUUGCACACCAGCCACAAGAGCCCCAUCAGCAUGACUCUGAUGACUCAGCACGUCAAGGAGCUGGUGGAGAUGUUCAAGGACCCGGAACUGGUCAUGAGCUUCAGGUCACUUCAGACCAAUCAGGAAGCCCCAACAUGCCCCUGGAGACUGCAACUGAAUCCAAGGGCGGAUCGGGAAUGGGAGCUGCUGAACCGCCUCUCGAGAUGCAGCCUAUGGACCCUGAUCGGGACAAUGCUCAAGCCUCACUCCCUGACUCAAUGUGGUCUUGCGGACACGAUUCAACAAGCCCUGGGUCAUCAGACUCGAAAGGGGAAGGGAAAGGGCAAGUCCAAACAGCCCUCCAAGCAGCUGCAGCAGAAGUGGGUUCAACGGGGUCAACAGCAAGAUGCGUCCGAAUUUGCAGCUGCUGUUUUGAAAUGGUUGAAUGCUCCUGCAGUCAACAUGUACUGGGAGCGCAGACUGGAAGAAAUGAACGCCGUGCGCACAAUUGACCAUGGUGAGACAUUCAUGCCAAUCAACAUCUCCUUUUCAGCUGUGAAUGCACAUUUGCCUGAAAUGCAGUUUACACUGACAGACCUUGUUCGACGCUGGAUGCAGGCAGAUGGUAUGAUUGCGGCCCUGACCCAAGCUCCAACCUGCCUAUGCCUUCAUUUGGAUCGCUACUAUGAACUUGAUGGAUGCAUUCAGAAGAGUUCAUGCAUGAUCAACCUUGAAGCUGGCUGUGAUAUUCCUGUUUUUGUGGAUGGAACCCUCCGUAGGGAAGCUGUUGCGUACGUGGUCCUUGCUGCCACGGCACACAUGGGAGUUGAUCAAGGAGGCCAUUUUCAGGCCAUUCUGAAAACCCGACCUGCGGUCCAGGUUACAGGUGGACCUAUGCAUUGGCUCAUCACCAAUGACGGGAUUGCAGCCACACCAACAUGGCAGGUACCUGAUAGAUUCAGCAGUUGCGCUACGGUCUUCUGGCUUGUGCGUGCAGACUGUGUGAACCUUCACACAUAUCGACCUCUGCCACAGAUGCCGGAUGAUGAUAUCACUGAUGCUCCUUCUGAUAGUGCACCACAGGCUCAACCGACAGGUGUACCUUCGACCUUGCGCAAGCAAUUGGUGCAGCACGGUCCCAAGUCCGUGGGCAACG